AUGAGCAACAUGAAUAUUGGGGCCACAGUCAUUGAAGUCUUCUCAUGUCUUUGGGGAUUUUACUUGUCUCCAAGGAACCCUGGAUGGAAGGGAUUCUUGCAGCAUUUUGGAGUUUGCUGCAUGGUUGGUUUUAUCUCAACCAUGCUCUUAUAUCUUGCCUUGUAUUGGUUCCUGUCAUCCUUAGCAAUCUUCUUCAUUCCCUUCUCGAUUGUUAUGUCAAUCCUCCUAUGCUUAUCCAAGCAUGUACGCUACUUUGCUAUUCUCUUCUUUCUCUCUUGUGGACUGCGUGAAGGCAGAAAUGCCCUGAUUGCUGUUGGAACAGGGAUUGUGACAUUUGGCCAUGUGAAAAAUAUCUUCCAUAACUUGAAAGGCCUGCUGGAAGGAAUAACUUGCAACCUCAGGAUCAAAAGCUUUAUUAUCCAUUUCCCUCUUCUAAAAAAAUAUAUUGAAGCCAUUCAGUGGCUUUAUAGUCUUGUCACAGAUGACAGUCUGUUUGAAGAGAUCGUCUCUUGGAAUCAUACCUUGGACAUGUCUAUUCUCAGCCCCAGCAAAGCCUUUGAGAUUAGGCUCAAUGACACAAAAGGAGAAAUCCUAAGUGUGAUAGACCAUGUAACCACUGUCACAGAGGUGGUAUCUUCUCUGGGCCAAGGGCUGUUGACCAUUGCUGGCUUUGCUCUAGUUCUAUUCAGCACAGGACUCUUCAUGAAACGAUUCUUGGGUUGUCAUAGCCACAGAUUUGAAAAUAUUUACAUCACCAGAUGUUUCAUUCAGUUCGAUGAAAGUGAGAGGCAUCAAAAAAGGCCCUGCGUUCUUCCGCUUAAUAAGCAGGAAAGGAAGAAAUACACUAUCAUACCAUCCUUCUGCUUGGCUCCUAAAGAGAAGAGAAGCCUUGGACUAUUUUUCCUUCCCAUAUUGACUAAUCUCUAUAUCUGGGCCUUGUUUGCAGCCAUGGAUUAUGGGCUGUAUCAGCUCCUUUCAUCAGUUAACAAACAUUUCCAAAACUUACCAGGAAUGGAGGUUCACUUGAAAUUGUCUAAUGAGGUGAAGGGAAACCAUGACAUCAUAAGUGACUCUUCCUUUAAUAUAUCCUUGUUUGAACCCCAGUGCAUCCCUAAACCUGAAAUUCUUAUGUCUAAAACAUGGGUCCCACUAAGCAUCAUCAUCCUGACAUUGGUGGUGCUGGGUCUGCUGUCUUCCAUCCUGAUGCAAUUCAAAAUCUUAGUAUCUGGGUCAUUCUACCCUGAUGUAGAAAGAGAGAGGAUACGAUAUCUACAUGCCAAGAUUCUCAGGAGAAGAACCAAAGAACCACUGAGUAAAGGAAAAAAGAAACUGAUGCAAUUUGUCACAGAGAUGCAUUUCUGGUUUCCUGUCCUGAAAAUGUUUGGGGAAGGCACAGCAUCCCUUGCACAUGAAAACAAUCCUUGA